AGCUGGACCAAUUUUUAAUACCCUGCUUUAUAUUCCAAAUCUUCUAAUCAUCAUAAGACGUAAUUUUCCAUUUUGCAUUAAAGAGAACAAUAAUAACAGUUAAAGAAUUGGUUUUUCAAGUGUUUUCAAGCAGAAAAGAAAAUGGUUCACUUAAAGUUAUUUGGAGCUGUGAUUACUUUCUUGUGCUUCUUCAAAAUUGGAUCUAAUCAUCCAACAUAUUUAUCAAGUGAUUAUAAAGAGCUUCUAGAUAAGCUGGAAUUCGAUUCAUUUCAUAUGAAAAAGGAUUUUAGAAAAGAAAGUAAAUUAUUUAAGGAGUCACUAACAAUGAGUGGUUGCAAACAGCGACAUCCGGAAAGUGCUUUUUUGGACAUUUCACAACAAGAAAAUUUUCUCAAUGUUACCUUGAAUCCUAACAUCAAAUGUUUGGAAUUUGAAUCCAAUGAUCCAGGAAUAUCAAAUACGACGUUCUCCAACCUUUUGGAUCUUGACUACUUGAACCUAACAAGAAAACAGGCAUUACAAGAUUUGAACAAUUUUUCACAUUUGAAUAUCAAAUAUCUUGUUUUGGACAACAUGGAUGACACACUUUAUUAUAAAGAUUAUAAGUACGCCAACUGGAACGAAAAAGUGAUUCAAGAUUGGAGUAAAUUUAAUACGAGUCUGGAUGAAAAUUUAUGGGAAUCAUUUAAGAAGAGUGAGACAUAUCGCAAGAAGUACGAAGCUGGAAUAUCUGGAACAUCUGGAACAUCUGAGAACAACAGCAUUGACAACAUCAUUAAUCUUCAAUUACCAAAUUUGAGGAUUCUUUGUUUGCAUCGUGUUAUUUUUAACCAGAAUAACACAAAUUUGGUUAUUAAUACAACAUCGACGAAUUUAACACACUUGUUUUUGCUAAGGACCGACAAUAUUAUUGAUUUUAAUCAUCAUUUUGUCAAUUUAAAAAAUCUCACUUACUUAAUCUUAUUCAAUGCUAAUCUCACUUCCUAUAAAUCUUCACCAAAUCAUAAAUCAAUUAUUACUUUGAAUCUUUCUGACAAUUUCUUUUUAGGACUACAUAACGAUUCCUUAGAUUUUCAACAUCAUCCAAAUUUAGAAAAUUUAGUAAUUUCUUAUUGCCACAUUUAUAGAUUUCCCAAAAAUACACUAAAAUUCAAUAAAAAAUUACGUUAUUUAUAUUUGGCACGGAAUUCUCUUAGUGUACUUUACAAUGACACAUUUAAAGCAAACAGUGCAUUGGAAGUGUUAAAUUUAAAUUGGAAUAAAUUUACAGAAGUUCCAAAUUUACAAAUAGAAAGUUUAGAAAAAUUGUACUUGGUGCAGGAAAUUGAACUUCUGGAAGAAGGUGAAUUUUUAGAAGGACUAAUAACAAUCAAAGGUUGUAAAGCACGACAUCCAGAAAGUAUUUUUCUGGAAUUUUCACAAGAAAAUAAAUUUUCAUCAGACAACAUUACUACUAAUUCUCAAGUCAAGUGUUUAUUACUGCAAACAAAUGAAAUCAAUGAAUCGUCAAAUUUAUCAUUCUCAAGUCUUCCAAAUCUGGAAUAUUUGGGUUUGAUACUAAUGAGGACAUUGGAAAAAGUGAAUAAUUGUUCCCAUCCGAAUAUUAAGUAUCUAUUUUUGAACGGUAUCGAAGACCUACUGCAUAAUUCGGAAUUGAAAAUUGAAGAGAGAUUGGAAAUUGAACAAAGAUCGAAUAUUGAAGAGAGUGAAAAAAUAAUUCAAGAUUGGAGUGAAUUUGAUUCGAGUUUGGACGAAAAUCAAUGGGAUUCGUUCAAGAAAAGUGAGACAUAUCGCAAGAAUUUGGAAAAAUUAUACAUGACUAAUAAUAUGAUAGCAGAAUUAAAGGAAGAUUCUUUCAGUGGUUUAGAUAAUUUACAAAUUUUAUUUUUGGAUAGCAAUGGAAUUCAAUAUGUACAUCGUAAAACAUUCGCUAGUCUUUCGAAUCUACAAGUACUUGAUAUUUCUUACAAUAAGUUAAAUAAAUUUGUUUAUCAAGUACCAUCAAAUCUCAAGUAUUUAAAUCUAGAAUCUAAUGGAGAUCUUUCUAAAAAUGAUGUUAUUGCUGAUUGGGGCAACCAAACAUUGAAAAAUAAUAUUAUUGUAGAUUUUUGA